UGUGCGGCGGCUAGCUCACUCACUCACUCACCAGCCACCACGUGCAAACGACACAAUUCACCUAAAUUGUUCUUAUUUAAUUGUUUUAAGCGUAAUUAAAUUAGAAACAAAAAUAUUUUACACGUGCACUCGUCGAUAAGUACAAUGGGUGAAAGUUUUGGGGGCAGUGUGGACAUGACGUCGGAGAAGGAAAAGGCCACCUCGACUCAGGACCAACUCCGAAUCUGGGACGCCCUUCUCGAAGUCAGGAUUCGGAUGCAGAGAAUUCUAUUAGAAGUUAACAAGUUGCCACAGACGGAGACAUUUAAACGCGUCGUGGAAUCACCAUUAUCCAAAGAUGUUAAACUCCCGGCGUCAUCUAACAAGGCGCUGUCCAACGUACAAGAGUUUGUCGAUAACUUACUCAAUUUGCAGGAGGUAAUGACUCUCAAUAACCCCGAAACUAAUGGUGCCAUCAACAAGAAGCGCAAGGCGAAAAGCGGCAAUGAUAACGACGACGAAGAUGAAGGGAUUGAUGACGAUGAAGAAAUUACCAGUGAGGAGGAUGAAGGAAAAGAGGACGAUGAGAAGGAAGAAGAAAUGGAGCUGAACUCUGAAGAUGACAAAAGUGAAAGUGAUGAAGACGUCCAAGAAAAGAAGAAGUCGACGACCGUGGCGACAAAGGCAUCAACAACGCCACCAAAAAAGAAGAAGAGAAGAUUGGAAGAGUACCAUAAACAAAUUGACACCGAGUUCAAAAAAUUUGACUCCUACAGGAAUGACAUCAUUCAAAAAUGGAACGACAAAACGCAAAUGGCCUUUGGUAAAUUUCGCAGCAAGGGCUCCGCCGGUCCUCAGAUACCAACUUUAAAGCAAAUCUCACAUAUUUUAUCUGACAAGGAAAGAUUAAUUAAACGAACUCAGGUGAAAAGGACGGCUUAUACGACGAUUGGAAAACCUGACGCGAACAUACAACCAAGCGAGAGUGCGCAAGAUGAAGAAAUUUUUGACGACGAUGACUUUUACCAUCAGUUAUUAAGGGAAUUAAUUGAUAGAAAAACGACCAAUGUGCAAGACCCCGUUCAGCUUAGUAGACAAUGGUUAGAAUUACAAAAGUUGAGGACAAAAUUGAAACGUGUAGUGGACACGGAUGCGAGUAAAGGUAGAAAAAUUAGGUAUGAUGUGCACCCCAAACUUGUAAAUUUUAUGGCCCCUCAAGAUAAUUGUGUCAUGUCUGAGGGUGCUGUGAAAGAACUUAUGAGUUCGCUGUUUGGAAAACAACCAUCAAAUUAAAUAGUACUCUAGACUUGUAAUAUUUUCUUUUUACAAAGGAUCCAAUAAAUCAAUUUUAUUAUAUAUUUAAAA